AUGCAAAUUGCUGCUAAUCUUACUGGUCAAUUGACAAAUAAAACCAACCAAUAUUCAGAGUACCUCCCCGUGUUACAACAGAGUACCUCCCCCGUGUUACAACAGAGUACCCCGUGUUACAACAAGUACCUCCCCGUGUUACAACAAGUACCUCCCCGUGUUACAACAGAGUACCUCCCCGUGUUACAACAAGUCCUACAAGUACCUCCCCGUGAUACAACAAGUACCUCCCCGUGUUACAACAAGUACCUCCCCGUGUUACAACAGAUACCUCCCCGUGAUACAACAGUACCUCCCCCGUGUUACAACAGAGUACCCCCCCGUGUUACAACAGAGUACCUCCCCGUGUUACAACAGUACCUCCCCACCGUGUUACAACAGAGUACCUCCCCCGUGUUACAACAGAGUACUCCCCGUGAUACAACAGAGUACCUUCCCCGUGUUACAACAAGUACCUCCCCGUGUUACAACAGAGUACCUUCCCCCUGUGUUACAACAAGUACCUCCCCGUGUUACAACAGAGUACCUCCCCGUGUUACAACAGAGUACUCCCCCGUGUUACAACAAGUACCUCCCCGUGUUACCAGUACUUCCCCGUGUUACAACAGUACCUCCCCGUUUACAACAAAGUACCUCCCCGUGUUACAACAAGUACCUUCCCCGUGUUACAACAAGUACCUCAGAAUACCUCCCCCGUGUUACAACAAGUACCUCCCCCCGUGUUACAACAAGUACCUCCCCCGUGUUAACAAGUACCUCCCCCGUGUUACAACAAGUACCUCCCCCGUGUUACAACAAGUACCUCCCCGAAACAGGUACUCGUGUUCAACAGAGUACCUCCCGUGUUCACACAAAUACCUCCCCGUGUUACAACAGAGUACCUCCCCCGUGUUACAACAGAGUACCUUCCCCGUGUUACAACAGUACUCCCCGUGUUACAACAGAGUCACUCCCCCGUGUUACAACAGAGUACCUCCCCCGUGUUACAACAGAGUACCUCCCCGUGUUACAACAACAGAGUACUCCCCGUGUUACAACAACAGAGUACCUCCCUCUGUGUUACAACAGAGUACCUCCUGUGUUACAACAGAGUACCUCCCCAGACAACAGAGUACCUCCCCGUGUUACAACAGAGUACCUCCCCCGUGUUACAACAGAGUACCUCCCCCGUGUUACAACAGAGUACCUCCCCCGUGUUACAACAGAGUACCUCCCCGUGUUACAACAGAGUACCUCCCCCUGUGUUACAACAGAGUACCUCCCCCUGUGUUACAACAGAGUACCUCCCCCGUGUUACAACAGAGUACUCCCCGUGUUACAACAGACUACCUUCCCCGUGUUACAACAGAGUACCUCCCCUGUGUUACAACAGAGUACCUCCCCCGUGUUACAACAGACUACCUUCCCCGUGUUACAACAGAGUACCUUCCCCCGUGUUACAACAGAGUACCUCCCCUGUUACAACAGAGUACCUUCCCCCGUGUUACAACAGAGUAA